AUGGGAAAUGAAUCAAGUGGUAUUUCAGAGCAGGAAAAGCUUGAGCUAAUACAGGCCGCAAGCUUUACCAGGAGAGAUAUUAUUCGUAUAUACUCUAGAUUCAAAGCAUUAGAUACCAAUCAAAAUGGGGAGCUUGACCCACACGAACUUUUUGAAAUGCCAGAGAUUGCAGAUAAUCCGUUAGUAAAACGCGUGAUUUCUAUUUUUGACACAAAUAAGGACGGCAAAGUAUCAUUUGUUGAGUUCAUUAUAGGUCUUGCUAGGUUGGCUGUUGGAAGCAAUCCAGAAGAAAAAAUGAAGUUUGCUUUUGACAUUUAUGAUGUAAAUAGUGAUGGCUGGAUUUCGAAUGGAGAACUUUUCAAAGUAAUGAAGAUGAUGGUUGGAGACAAUUUGGAAGAUUUACAACUUCAACAACUGGUUGAUAGAUGCAUAAUUCAGGCUGAUAAAGACGGAGAUGGUCUCAUUUCUUAUGAAGAAUUUUGUGAAAUGGUGGCUCAUCUUGAAAUAAAUACUAAGCUCAAUUUGCAAUUUCAGUUUUAG